AUGGCUCGGCCACUUGUAAUGAUCCAUCCUCUACCAAGUAUUUCACACAUUGGGUUCACUGUUAUGACCCUUAUGGUGUGUGCCAUUGCAUUGCUCAUGUGUGCUUCUCAUUCACGCAAAUGGCGCAACUGGAUGUCUUGCUAUGAUGCCUUUAGAGAACCUGUCAUAGAAUUCAACAAUGAAGUGGUUAUGAGCACUUGUGGUGAGCAACAAGAAGAGGGUUCACUUUGGCAGAAGAACAUACUCAUGGGAGGGAAGUGCCAGCUCCCUGAUUUCUCUGGGGUCAUAAUAUAUGAUUCCGAUGGUAACAUAGUGAAUCAUGCUAAAACUUCUCGUCCAUUACUGACCUGGAAAUGA